CCCCCCCCCACCACCACCACCAUGGCCGACGAGAAAGACGCCGACGUCCACAUCCAAACCGUCGCCGCCCGCCCCUCCCUCCAGCACGCAUUCCACAGCUGGUCGUCUCUCAACCGCUACAUCAAGACCGAUGCAGGGAGGAACACCCCAGGGAACGGACACAUAUGGGAGAAUGACGACCUCCUGCCCUCCCCCGAGGAGCACCAGACCUGGGGGACAGGCUCCUUUUUCGCUUUCUGGUUCGCAGAGCCGAUGAACGCGGGUACUUGGGCCGUGGCAUCUUCGAUGAUUACCCUCGGCAUGACAUGGUGGCACGCCGUCCUCGUGGUAUUCUCAGCGAACAUGCUAUCGUCGCUUGUACUCAUCCUGAAUGGAUACGCGUCGAGCGGGUGGUACAUAGGGUUUCCUGUACUCGUACGGACGUCAUUUGGGAUCUCGGGAAGCUUUUUUGCUAUCGUCGUCCGCAGCAUGCUAGGGAUCGUGUGGUUUGGUAUACAGUGCACCUUUGGCGGCUACUUUGUUUCAAUAUGUCUACGGUGUAUAUGGCCGUCGUGGUACACCAUAGAGAAUCACAUCCCGGAGAGCAUAGGAAUUACCUCAAGGGACCUGGCUGGUUUUUCUAUUUUUUGGGUUGUAAAUGUGGGGUUUUUAUUUAUACCUCCUUACAAGACAAGGUGGCUUUUCAUUGCCAAGAGUUUCUUGUUACCACCCACAGGACUGGGUAUACUGAUCUGGGCGCUCAAGAAGAACCAUGGGUUUACGGGUAUGAGCUUCGGCGCUGCGCAGUCGACCGGACCGACUCUGGCAUGGGCAAUCAUCGCCCAAUUCAACAGCGUGAUGGGGACCAACUCCGCGCUCCUCGUAACCAUACCAGACAUAACACGCUAUGCGCGCCAUCGCAGCGCGCAGACCCAAGGCCAGCUCUUCUCCCUUCCCCUCGGACAGACCUUGUGGGCAACAUGCGGGAUCAUGGUGACGGCGGCGGUGCACCACCAGUGGGGUACCGCAUAUUGGAACCCGUACGAUCUCCUAAACGCGAUGCUUGACUACGACACGUCUUCGUCUGCCAGAGCAGGAUGCUUCUUCGCAUCCGCUGCGUUCAUCUUCUCGACAAUCGGGACCUCUAUCGCUGAUAAUACCAUCCCUUUCGGAUCCGACAUUACGGCUUUGUUGCCAAGACAUCUCACCAUCGUCCGGGGACAGCUCCUUUGCGCGGUGAUGGGCUUCGCCGUAUUCCCCUGGCGGAUCCUCUCGGGCGCGCCGGGCUUCCUGACGUUCCUCAACGGGUACUCGAUAUUCAUGGGACCUGUCGUUGGUAUUAUGAUCGUCGACUACUUUUUGGUGCGUAGGGGAAACCUCCAGCCGGCGAGUCUGUACACUGGCGCGCGGGACGGCGCGUACUACUAUACCCGAGGGGUCAACUGGCGAGCAAUCAUCGCGUUCGUUGCGGGGAUGGGCGUGCCCUUCCCGGGGUUCGUGCAGAGUUUUGGGGGCGUAGUGAUAGGCGAGGUGGCUGCGGAGAUAUUUGACUUGGGAUGGCUUGUGAGUUUCGGGAUGGGGGCGGUUAUAUAUUGGGUUCUUUGUAGGGUGUUUCCCGUGGGGAAUGUCGAUGGGGGUUUGUCCUUUGAGGCGGAGUUGGAGAGGAUGAAGAUUGAGGAAAUGGAGAAACAGAUAAAGGAGGAGUUUCCGGACGGUGUACCGUAUAUUUAUUAA